CCAUAGAGUUUUAUCACUUACACACGAGCAUUAGCGCUCCUCCGGUUUUAUAUAUCUUUGUCUUCGCCUGCCUGAAAAUGUAGAGGCCUAACAUUGCUCUGUUACUGCUCUACAUAUCCUCCUCUUCAAUUCUCCAUCAUGAUCGCCGACUUUGACGUUGAGAAAGUCAUCGAGCAGCUCACCACCGACGAGAAAAUCGCCCUCCUCUCUGGCGCCGAUAACUGGCAUACUUUCAAAGUCCCCCGUCUUGGGGUGCCUGCCAUCCGCGUUACUGAUGGUCCAAACGGCGUACGAGGAACGCGUUUCUUCAACGGUACUGCAGCUGCCUGUUUUCCCUGUGGGACCGCGCUCGCCUCUACUUGGAACACAGACCUGCUGGAGAAAGGUGGCGUCUUGAUGGGGCGUGAAGCGAUUGCAAAGAGUGCGCAUGUCAUUCUUGGUCCUACCGUCAACAUUCAGCGCGGCCCGCUCGGAGGCAGAGGCUUUGAGAGUUUCUCCGAAGACCCUCUGCUUUCGGGUCUUUGUGCUUCUGCUAUUAUCAAUGGCAUCCAGCGUACUGGCGUUGUUGCGACAAUCAAGCACUUUGUGAACAACGAUCAAGAGCACGAGCGCAAGGCAGUCAACGUCAUUCUUUCCCAGCGCGCGCUGCGUGAGAUCUAUCUCAUGCCGUUCCAGAUUGCAAUUUCCAAUUCGAAUCCUGGUGCGGUUAUGUCUUCCUACAACAAGGUCAACGGAUGUCAUGUCAGCCACAACCCCUAUCUUCUCGAUGACAUCCUUCGCAAAGAAUGGAAGUACGACGGUCUGAUCAUGAGCGAUUGGCAUGGUGUUUACUCAGUCGCAGAUUCCAUCAACGCUGGUCUAGAUCUCGAGAUGCCAGGUCCUGCGCUGUUCCGGGGUGACUUGGUCAAUCGGGAUCUCAAUGCUAGAACGGUUACUAUGCGUACAAUUGACGAGCGCGCCCGCAACGUUUUGAAUUUAGUAAAGCGCGUCCAAGUGCUUGAUAUCGAACCUGAAGGACCUGAAUCAACGCGCAACAAUACUCCCGAAACGGCAGCCCUUCUCCGUCAGAUCGCACAAGAGUCUAUCGUGGUUCUCAAAAACGAAAACUCUUUGCUGCCUCUGAGCAAGACGAAGACGACGGCUGUCAUUGGACCCAAUGCCAAGGUUGCGAGGUUCUGUGGUGGAGGCUCGGCUUCUCUUGAGCCUUACUAUGCGGUCACUCCGUAUGAUGGGAUAGCAGAAAAGCUCAAAUUGGAGAAGCCGACAUAUGUCGAGGGGGCCCCUGUCUACAAGUCAAUUCCUCCGCUGGGAAAGCACAACUGCAAAACACCGUCAGGACAGCCAGGGCUCCGCUUCCGUUCUUAUAGAGAGCCCGAUUCCGUUAAAGAUCGGAAGCCCGUCGAUGAGCGCACUCUAGCAAGCGGAGACGUAUUCUUGAGUGACUACGAGCACCCUUCGAUCAUUGACCUUCGCGUCUUUUAUGCAGAGUUCAUCGGCAUAUUUACUCCUGAAGAGUCUGGUGAAUACGAGUUCGGGCUAGCCGUCUACGGAACCGCAAAGCUUUACAUUGACGACGAGCUUUUUAUCGACAACGCGACAAAGCAGAUUCAAGGCUCAGCAUUUUUUGGCUACAGUACUCGCGAAGAGAUAAAGAGAACUGAGCUUAUUGGCGGGAAGUCAUACACUAUUCGCGUCGACUUCGGUAGCGCGAUGAGUAGCACUCUGCCAUCAAUCACUGGCGACGUCCCUGGAGGAGGGCUCAAACUUGGUGUCGUCAAGGUGAAUGACCCGAACAUUGAAAUUCAGAAAGCCAUAGAGGCUGCUGCUGAUGCCGAUCAAGUUGUGGUAUGUAUCGGCCUCAAUGGUGAGUUUGAGUCUGAAGGAUUCGAUCGUCCAGACAUGCUUCUUCCUGGCAAUACCGACAAGCUGGUCUCGGCGGUGCUGGCUGCAAACCCUAAUACGGUGGUCGUUGUCCAGUCUGGAUGCCCAGUGGAGAUGCCCUGGGCAAAGGAGGCUAGAAGCAUAGUGCAGGCAUGGUAUGGAGGCAACGAAACAGGAAGCUCGAUUGCAGAUAUCAUUUUCGGAGACGCAAACCCUUCGGGAAAGCUUUCUCUCUCGUUUCCUGCGCACAACGAGGAUAAUCCUACAUAUCUCAGCUUCCGUUCGGAUCGCGGACGAGUGUUGUAUGGCGAGGAUGUUUAUGUCGGAUACCGCUACUAUGAAACAGCCAAGAAAUCUGUCUUGUUUCCGUUUGGUCAUGGCCUUUCUUACUCUGAUUUCAAGUUCUCUGAUCUGACCGUCGCCAUAGAUGGCGAGGAUGUUGUCGUUUCUCUCACUGUGACAAACUGCAAGGGUCCUGAAGGAUCCGCAGUCGUUCAAGUUUACGUUAGCCAGCAGCAUGCGACUAUCAGUCGUCCUCUCAAAGAGCUGAAGGGAUUCGCCAAGGUCUUUGUAAAGGCUGGGGAGUCAGAGGCUGCCAAGAUCAAGUUCUCAGUUAAGAGCGCUACGUCAUUCUUUGAUGAGAUUGAAGAUAAGUGGAUCAGUGAGAAGGAUACGUACACGGUCCAUGUGGGAGAUAGUAGUGCGAGCAUUCAGCUUACUGGCGAGUUUAGCACUGAAAAGACGCUGUAUUGGUCUGGGCUGUGAGUUUAGAAUUUGGUUUAUUAGCAAUAGAGUAUGUUUCAGCCAUAAUAAA